AGAAGGAAACUACAAUCUGGUAAGAGGGGAAGAAGAAAAUCAAGAACACGGUUCUUCGAAGAAGCACACUCAUAACUCGUUUAGCUUUGUUUGUUUUUCCGUGUUUUAGUUCAUUAUGUUUAUCUUCGAUGAUCUGGAUAACGAGCAGCCGCGUAGAAAUUAGUGAAGCAGUUUUACAGGCGGUCAACGUUCGCGGGUAGCUGGUGUUUACCGUGAAGCUAGCGGAGUUAGCCGACGUGAACUGACACCGUGAGGAUCAUCCAUUCAUUUGAACAGUAACUGCCUGAAUCCACACACUUUAAAUCACAGACUAAGGUUAGUUGUGUAAUGCACGGUUUAACGCAUUUGAAAGUAUGACCUAAAAUGGUCAGUCGUGUCACCACAGAACAUAAAAAGGCACUGAUUUGACUUUCAGUCCGUUUUCUAGAUGAAAUAAAAGCUUGAAUCUGUGUUUAUUUUGUCUCAGCAUGGCUCUGAAGUCAGGAGAGGACCGUCUGAAGGAGAUGGAGGCUGAGAUGGCUCUGUGAGUAUUUGAGGGUUAUUGACUCUAUGGGGGACCACCUGUGCAGGGUUUGGGGCUCCUUGUGAAUCUAACACACCAGGCCCUGUAUAUAAAUACAAUACCUGACAAGUGUAUAUUUUUAGAGAGGAUGUAUCUUCUUUGACUCCUCCUGCAUUGAAACAGCUUUCGUUAACCUGCUCUUUCACUCUGCCUCCUUCUCUGUAGAUUUGAGCAGGAGGUUCUUGGUGGUCCAGUACCUGUUACAGGAAGCCCACCUGUCAUGGAGGCUUUACCUGUAGCUCUGUCUGUUCCUACUGUUCCUCUGGUGCGACCGAUUAUCGGCACUAACACGUACAGACAGGUCUGUGCUUCUACACACCAUCCUCUCAUUUUAGAGUCAAGUGUUUGGUGUCUUUCUAACUCGUGGUCCUCUGUCAGUGUCUUACUCUGGCUCUCCUCUCUCUUACUCCCUCAGGUCCAGCAGACGUUAGAAGCCCGAGCUGCUAGCUUUGUCGGUCCUCCACCGCCGACAUUUGUGGGACCAGGUAAGAGUCAAUAAAGUUUUGGCAGUGGUAAAAAAUGUGUUACUCAAAGUUAGCUCUGACAUGACUUUUAUGCUUCUCUCUGUCUGUGUCUGUCCCAGUCCCCCCAGUUCGUCCUCCCAUGAUGAGACCAGCUUUUGUCCCUCACAUCCUGCAGAGACCUGGUAGGUUAACCGUCGGAUAACAGCAGCUUUUUACUUUGAUACGUUGAUGUAGAUUGUACGUUACUUUUAAUUUACCUACCGUUUUGAUGUAACCACUCAAAUUUAUUGGGAAUUUCCCCUUGUGGGAUUAAUAAAGGAGUAUCUUAUCUUAAUCUGUUCUGGGAGACACAGACUUUUUAGUGCAUCUGGAUAGAUGUUGGUUAUGUUUUUACACAUGUUUAUACUGUACUGGCUAAAGUUUAUAGUCAGACCCCAUUUUGUAGCCCAAAUUUAAGCAGCUCAACCCAAGAUUUUUGGAAGGCAAACUGUAAAUUGAAGAGUUAAAGUAAACUGUUUUUGAGAAGAAUGCUCAAAGUUUGUUGAGCAGAAUCUUGGUUUAGCAAAAGCUUUUUCCCUAUCAUUUUUAAAAUUGUGAUAUUUGGACUUCUCUAUUAUUUGGGUUUCAAUGGAGAGCAUAACUCAACUCAGCUUUAUUUGUGAAGCACUUUAAAACAACCACAGCUGAACAAAGUGCUGUACAUAACUAGACAAAACAACGACAUAAAAAACAAUCAAAACACAAUUAAGACAAUGGAUAAAAUAAAAGCAGAUAUUAAAAAGUAAAAUAUAGUUUCAAUGUUUUUAAAAACUAAUUUAAAAACAUAAAAACAAAUAACUAAAAGCAAACCAUAAAACACUAAAACAGGAGUCUCAUGCAGGGUUUAAAGCCAAAGAAUAAAAAAGGGUUUUAAGACGAGUUUUAAAAAUGGACAGUGUGAGGGCUUGUCUGAUUUGGAGGGGUAGAUUGUUCCAUAAUUUUGGGGCCACAAUAGAAAAAGAUCUAACCCCUCUGAGCUUCAGUUUGGACCUCAGUACCUCCAGGAGCAGCUGAUCAGCUGACCUGAGGCACCGAGCAGGGGUGUAGGGGUGGAGAAGCUCAGAGAGGUAAGAUGGAGACAGACCAUUUAAAGAUUUAAAAACAAAUAAAAGAAUCUUAAAAUGAACUCUAAAGUGCACAGGUAACCAGUGGAGGGAGGCCAGGAUGGGAGUAAUUUGACCCUCUUACAUAUCCAGUUAAGAGCCGGACGGCUGUGUUUUGUACUAACUGGAGACGUGAGAGGGAGGACUGGCUGACUCCAAAGUAAAGUGCAUUACAGUAAUCCAGCCGAGAUGUAACGAAGGCAUAAAUUACUGUUUCAAAGUGCUAACGUGCAAGGAAUGGCUUUGCCUUCGCCAGCUGCCUAAUAUGAUAAAAGCUGGAUUUCACAACUGGCACCUGGGUGUUUUUUGUGGGUUCAGCUACAGUUAUUGAUGUGUCAAGUUGUUAAAUGAAUCUUAAUAUUGCCCAUUAUGAGCUCUUACCAGUUACUCUCCUUUAGUGAAUAUUUUUUACAGUAUCAACUUUUUGAGACAUUGGUGCUAUACAUGUUUGAAGUCACAACUGUGUCAAAGAGUGAGACAGACAGAGUGAAUGUGAAUAUGGACAGAAGUGCUGGUGUGAAACAAAAACAAAGGUACCGCCUUUUUAGCUGUUUUUUUUUUUCCACUUUUUGAAAUAAAUAAAUCUUCUCUUUUGGUUGCUUUUUUAGAGGCAUAAAUGUUGAUCAGUCUGUUUCAUCUCCAACAAUUCCUCCUCAGAGGAGCUUUUAACAAUCUUUGCCUGAGUCUCCUGCAUCAAUCAGAGCAAAGUGUUCAUUCAGAUGUUCUUCUCUCUUUGAUUAUAACAUCAUCUUUCUACACUUGUUCUUUUCUGUAUCAUCAGGUGGUCAGAGGCUGCCCAUGAUGCGUGGGCCUCAUAUAGCACCUCCCCUCCCCCGGCCUCCUCCCCCUCCUCCCAUGAUGAUCCCUCCUUCUCUACAGGGUCAGGGUCCUCCAGGUGCUCCUCAGCCCAUGCAGCACAUGGCUGGUCCUACAUCUGCCCCUCCGGUCUGUGUUGCCAUGACAGCAUAUAUGCACGUCAUCAUGUUGAAUAUAGAGUUCUUUCAACAUUAUUAAUAUGGAGUUUUUUUUUUCUAGAACUAGUCAUCUCCUGACCCCCCCUGGUGUUUGUUGUUUGUCUUAGGUCAAUGACAUGGUCCCCAUGGUGUCGGCCCCUCCCACCAGACAGGAAGCCUCGGCCCCCAUCAAACCCACGCCAUCAAUCAUCCAGGCCGCUCCAACUGUGUACUCUGCUCCUCCUGCUCCUGUAGUACACAGAAAAAUCGACGUCAGAGCUCAGAGACAGGCCAGAAUGGUACCUAAACUUUGAAAUGUGUCUCCACAUGACUGAUGAACCGAGAGCUGGGCGUGUGCUCGCUGUCGUUUGUUGUGAUUUUGUUGAUGUGGUUGUAUAAAAGUAUGCUGCUGUACUGUCAGUAAAUGAUGAUCUGACUGUCUCUGGUGUGUCUGUUUCAGGAAGAGCUGGCGGCACGGGUUGCAGAGCAGCAGGCAGCAGUGAAGGCUGCAGGUCUGCUUGAUAAGAAGGAGAGUGAGGACAGCAGUGCCAUCAUUGGGCCCAGCAUGCCUGAGCCGGAGCCCCCCCACCCUGAGGUAUGUAAAGCCACUAUACUGCCCGCCACUGUUUACCCUGGAGCUCCUAGUUUUGGUCUAAAUACAUUCAGGUUAAGGAAAAAUUGAGGCUGGAAUGCAAAUCAACAAAUUUUGUUAGAAAGAAAGUGAACGCUGAACCUGACUGUCAGAUGUGAAAGCUGAGGAUGUUAUUUGUAUUCAUCAACACAGAACUGUUUUUCCAUACACUGUGUAGCACAUUAUAACAGGAGUCAACAAAUUUUGGCAAAUUAGUUUUAAGUUAUUCAGUCCCUCUACUCUUGCAAGAAGAGGAUUCAAUGUCCAUAAUUUCAAAAAAAAAUGUCACAUUUUGAUUCAUCGGAGGAAUCUGUUCGUUACAGGACAGAUUUCCUCUUCCUCUCUGUCCAUCUUAAAUGGGAUCAGGUCCAGAGAAGUCUCUGGUAUUUCUUACUGGUUUCCUCUUUGCUUGGUUCAGUUUUAACCUCAUUUGUGGAUGCAGUGGUGAACUGUGUUCACAGACAAAGUGAUUUUCAGUCCCUGCAGUAAUUUCCAUUAGGAGGUUCUGUCCUGAAGAUCAGGACCAUCCAGUCUUGAUUUUGGUCCUUGUUCCUUUAGUACAGCGAUUUCUCCAGAUUCUCUGAGUCUUUUAAUGACAUUAUCUUCAGUUUCUGUAGAUGAUGAAAUCCACUCAUUUUUUCUCAUUUGACACUCAGGAACAUUUUUCUGAAACUGUUGAUCUAUUAGCUCACGCAGUCUCUCACAGAGUGGUGAACCUCUUCCCGUCUUUCCUUCUGAGUCAGUCAGCCUCUCUGAAUGUCCUUUUUAUACCCAGUCAUGUUACUAACCAGUUGGAAAUUCACCUCAUUAGUUGGAGAUGUUCCUCCUCCUGUUUUUUUCUUUUUCUUCAGCAUUACACAACUUUUUACCUGUUUGGUUAUUCUUUUAACAACUGCCAACUUUUGCCAUGCUGACUUAACAACUUGAUUGAAUUUUCCCUCAGGGUCAAAAAAGUUCAUCUUAACUCAUCCAUCUCUGUUUAAAAUAAAUUUUGAAUAAUUUCACUCAAAGAAAUCAACCAAACAUUAAAGACAUGAUGUUUUGUGUUUCAGCCUGCAGAGAGCACCACCGAGGACAAGAAGAAAGGAAAGGUGGAGAAGGUGAAAAAGUGUAUCCGAACGGCAGCAGGGUCAAGCUGGGAGGACCCCAGUCUGCUGGAGUGGGAAUCAGGUACUGAAAGACACAACAGGGACCCUGACAGAGGAUUUGUAGAAACACUCAUAAUGAUCAAAUUAAACUGUUGUUUUGUAGAAGAGGAAACAAAAACACACAGUUGGUCUGAUCAGUUAAUAAACACAUGAUCUGGUUUUAUGUAUUUAUGGUGCAUUUAGACUGUAGUAACUUUCCAAAGGAACUAGAGUCCUUCAGAGGAACUCUGUGCAACUUAGAUCGUAGGAACCAGAGUUUAAAUUUAGUCCCAAGGUAACUAAUCUGUUUCAUGGUGGACCUACCCCCUCAUAAUACAGGCUUUAAAAAUGGCUGUAUAGAAAGAGUCAGUCUUGUUGUUGAAAGUCUCAUUUACUCUUGUACACUAUCAAAAAAUCACUUUUCAUCUCAGUGUGCAUCAUCAAAAACUCCUCACAGGGGCUUCAAGAGAAAUUCCUGGAACUAAAAGUUCAUCAUACAUUUGGUAGAAAAGCACCUUUGGAUGUGACUUGGGGAGGAAUGUUUUUUUUUUUUCUGUUUUGUUGUGAUAAUCUGCUGAAAAACAGGUAAUGUGACGUUACAAUAAAGGUUUGGUUUUCCUCUCUGUGUCUCAGAUGAUUUCCGUAUUUUCUGCGGUGAUCUUGGUAAUGAAGUGAACGACGACAUCUUGGCCCGAGCCUUCAGCAGAUACCCUUCUUUCCUUAAAGCUAAGGUAGGGCUCUUUGUCUUUUUAGUUUAUAUUUUUGGCUCUUUUAUUUCUAUUUCUAGUGGGACUCCUUACGAUGAGUUUACACAGCAGUUACACAAACCAUGGUUAAAUGUAUGUGAUGUAUUGUUUGAUUUGUGACAGCUGCUAAGUCUAUUAUACUCAAAAGACUGAGAUUGCUGAAAAUGACAGGAGUUGUUGAUGUUUUUGGGGAUGUUUCUGUUGAUGUUGUGGUGUUUGUGAUCAGGUGGUGAGAGACAAACGCACAGGAAAGACAAAAGGUUACGGUUUUGUCAGCUUCAAGGAUCCAAACGACUAUGUCCGCGCCAUGAGAGAGAUGAACGGUCAGCCCCUUCCUGUUCACUUAUGGCACACAAACAGCCUCAGAUUUAACAUCCAUCUAUUUUGAGUCCUUCACUGUUAAAUAACUCAUUGUGUUUGUUUGUGUUUGCAGGGAAAUAUGUUGGCAGUCGACCUAUCAAACUGAGGAAGAGUACAUGGAAGGAUCGAAACAUGGAAGUGGUUCGCAAGAAAAUCAAAGAGAAGAAGAAGCUUGGCCUCAGAUAGAUUGUGGGUCUGUGUGUUAAUGUGUGUCCUGCACACUCAGCAGACAGACAGCAGAACUGCAGGAGAGUAGGACUUGUGUUAAGCUGAGGUAAUGAGGUUGUACAAAGAUAUACUAUUUUUUCUUUUUUAAAUAAAACCGUCAUUUCUACCUCUUUGGUGUGGUCAUUUCUCAUUUGAAUUGACUCACUACAUGAUGCCAGUGAUUUUUUUUUGUCUCUUCAUAUUGGAGCUCAGUGACUGCUGCAGCUGAAGACAUGUUUCUCUAAGGAGAGCAUCAACAGUAUAGUAUUUGAGCAGUUUAUCAGCAUGUAUGAUCAGCAUACUUGGCUUAUGUGUCCCCUCAUUGUGGAGGUAAACUCAAUUUCAGCAGCUCAUAUUCAAAUAAAGGAAAGGAAUGAGCAAAUGGUAUCAUCUGAAAUAAUAUUGACAGGAGAAUUAAAUAAGCUGAGAGGACCUUUUUCUCAGGUCUCUAAACCAUUCAACAGAUUUUUACAACCAUGGAUUGGCCCUCUGCUGGAUGCUUGAGAGAUUGCACUAAAAGGACCAUAGCAAUAUGUUUUAUGGUUGAGCUUUUUUUUUUCCAUAUUUCUCCAUUAGGUUGCACAGAAUGUUAAUCUAUUGUUAAGAAAUGUUCACAAGUCAUUUUUAUACCUUGUCCGGAUCUUGUUCUUUAAUAAAUCUCCUAUUUGGUUCCCGGA